AUGAGCUUGUCAAACUACCUGGUGCUCCUCGGAAAGUAUUACACAUUCUUACAUUCAAACCUAGUCAAAAUUCCCAACCAAUUGGAACCUACAGUAAAUAUCCAGUUUUGCUGUUUCAUUGACCGGCGACGACAUGGAGACCACGACUCGCUUGUACUGGUACAGCUAGUAGUGCCAAGCGUCAGACGCUGGUACAACGCCUCUUUCCAGUCAAGAAUCAAGAUCGCCUUGGACGAAAUGAUUACAUACCCAGACUGGAAGUUGAAGCUCUUUGAACGCGGCCAGGCAGCGCGACGCCGCCGAGCCAACGUGAUCGUUGCGGUCAUCCUUUUUCAAUCGGCGGUCCUUGGCAUUCGCAUAUGCAAUGCCAGCGGCUAUUGCCUUAAUCGAGGAACCGUUCGUAGUGGCUGGGCGUGGCUUGGAUACUUGCGAGACAGCUUCGCUUUACAGCAGGGUCCAAUCAUUCCGGUUUCUCUUGAGACACGAGGUCUAAUAGGACAAAUGAAGGAUGAUUCCCUCUUAUCCAAAAUGGCGAUGGACACCACGAGGGUCAAUAUGUACGUAGGCGCCAGCAGGGAGAAAGCAAAUUUCUUCGUACUGUCCUUCGUCUCACUGCAGACAGCCGAAGAAAAGUCAGACGACUUUAAUCUAAUCAACUACGUCCUGCCUUGUUCGGCUCUCUGGGCACUUCGGCACUUCUUGACGGAGUCUGGUUUCAGCAUUCCUGUGUGGCCAGUUUUCGUACUUCCUUUCGUAUCACAGGUUAUCGUUCGACUGGUGCACGGCUGGUACAUAGGUUUCGCCAUCCGCAGGGACGCAGCUGCGCAAGGUGCAAUCCUUAUGCCCUAUGUUCAGGAAAGCAGUAUUUCUAUCAUGUGGCGCAUUGUGGACAGCUUCAAGAACGGAUAUCCCAGCGAAGUGUUCCAGAAAUGGAGCGAACAAUACGGAAAUACCUUUUCGUUCGGUACUCUUUCCUCCAAAUGGACACACGAGGUCUUUACGAGCGAGCCAGAGCAUAUCAAGGCCGUCUUAGCGACGCAGUUUCGCGACUUUGAAAAAGGUGCCUUUGUUUUCAACGCCACGAAAGCUCUUUUCGGCGUAGGCGUGUUUAGUACAGAUGGUGAAAUGUGGAAGUUUCAUCGGACGAUGACAAGACCAUUCUUCAACAAAGAGCGGAUUUCCGAUUUUGACAACUUCGAGAGACACGCCGUUAGUACGAUCACCCAGAUCAAAGCGAGAUUGAGGGAGGGCUAUCCAGUCGAUUUUCAGGAUGUCGUUGCUCGUUUCACGUUAGACUCUGCUACGGAGUUCCUGUUAGGAAAAGAUGUCAACUCCAUAUCUGCGGGUCUUCCUUAUCCAGCUGGAUCGCCGUUGGGGGAUAAUCUGCAUUUCGUCAAUCAUCCGUCGAAUGCGUUCGUCAAGGCGUUUGCGGAGGCACAAGUGCAAAACAUGAUUCGCGUCAAGAGCGGGGCUUCUUGGCCUCUGCGCGAAAUAUUUCGAGAUAAGUCAGUCGGGUCUGAGAAGAAGCUCGACAACAUGACUUUGUUGGAUCGUCUCGUAGAAGAAGCCGAUGACCCUAAAGUUGUUCAGGACGAACUUGUCAAUGUUUUGGUGGCUGGUAGAGACUCGACCGCUUCUCUCCUAACUAUGGCAGUGUAUAUGAUGUGUGAGCAUCCAGACAUGGUUACUCGUUUACGGUCCGAAAUUUUCGGAAAAGUUGGCAAUAGACGACCGACAUACGAGGACAUUCGUGACAUGAAGGUAUCCGCGGUUUCAACUACCCUUCCAAACAAGGGGCGCCCACCUUACUAUGUCCCACGAGAUACGCUGCUGACCUACUCUGUGUUUCUGAUGCACCGGCGUACAGAUCUGUGGGGACCAGAUGCCCUCGAAUUUGACCCGGAUCGGUUCCUCGAUAGCCGGUUGCAGAAAUAUCUAACUCCUAACCCUUACAUAUUUCUACCUUUCAAUGCGAGUCCUAGAAUUUGCCGAGGUCAACAGAAUUUCUCGUCGUUCAGCCUUGCUCGGGAUGCGCAACCUGCGGAAGGCAUACCUCCGGCAAGCUGGACCCCAACACCCGGGACGACUAAAGGCAGGGACAAAAUUAUGUUCGGUAUAACCAUCACAAUAUACGCCAAGGGUGGAUUGUGGGUCAGAAUGGAAGAAGCCAAAGAUGGGACGACGUUAUGA